UAAAAUAUUUUAAAAAUUCUAUUUAUUAUUAGUCUGAACUAAAAUGUAGUAUGAAUUUCUAUGAAUAGGUCCAUUAGGUCCAUUUUUAAAAAAAUCACACAUAAAUCAAAGUUGUGACUUCUGUUUUAAUAUAUAAAGAUAUUUUUAAAGAAAUAAAAAUUAACUCUUCGACUAGUUUAACUUUUAACUUUUUUCAUAUAAUAAUAAAAAGCGGUAACUGGAGUUUAUAAACUGGAGAACGAAAAAAAAAAAGUACAUUCCAAAAAGCAGUCAAAAUUCCAAAACACUUUUUAAUAAAAAUAAUAUCCCACAAAAUCUCCACGUUGCCUUGUGCAGCUCUCCAAAGAAUCUACAUCGCUGCAAUUACGGACCAAAGCUCCCUAAGUUUGUUGCUUUUUCUCCUGCUUAAUUGAUUUUUAUUUCUCUCUCAGAUCGAUCCAAAGAUACAAGAACAGAAAGAAAAACAUUGAUCAAUCUUCUUCUGUUCCUCUGUUUUUCUCCCAUAUUAGUUGACCUAGGUGAAUAACCCAAAUCAGAUCAAUGGGUAUUUUACUUUGCUGUCUUCGUGUUCCGGAGCAAGGUAAUGAGUCUCGAAACGUACCCAGAAUCACAGCCUUCAGCCACCCAAUAAUGAAUAUCUUUCCCCUCAAGUACGAGCAACUAUCUCGAAACCUGGAAAGAAGGGAAUUUUCCUCUGUCGCCAACAAAGAAGAAGACGUUUGUCCGACAUGUUUCUAUGGUAAAACUAGUAACUCUACAAAAAAAAGCUAUUUAUUUAUGUCUAAAGAUUUGUGUGUGUUAACUCAUUACUAUUGUCAUUGGAGACAGAGUACGCUGAGGAUAAUCCGAAAACAGUUUUACAAUGUGGACAUAUCUUUCACCUUGCCUGCAUCUAUGAAUGGAUGGAGAGAAGUGCAGCUUGUCCCUUUUGUUCCAAGACAAUGCUUUUCUUGGAGGAUGAAAUUACAGAGCAGGUGGACUAACUAUAAGAGAUAUCCUUAGAUUCUUGGCAAAAAAAUUCCUUCAUCACCAAUUCUUUCUUAAUUUAUGUUGUAACUAACUUUUUAUAGAUUUUAGAAGACUUCGGCCAGAUUCUUUUUGGCUUGUAAUUUGGAAAAAUGAUAAGCUAUUUUUGUGUGAUAUAAAAAUUUCAAUAAUUUUAAGCAUUAGAUUAAUUUGA